AUGAAGGUUUCAAUGUCUGGAAGGCUCUUCACGGUGGGGUUGAUAAGUUUCUGGUAUGCUUCAAACAUUGGAGUGUUGUUGUUGAACAAGUACUUGUUAAGCAACUACGGGUUCAAGUACCCAAUAUUCUUAACUCUGUGCCACAUGAUGGCAUGUUCAAUCCUCAGUUACAUUGCCAUAUCAUGGCUCAAGGUUGUGCCAAUGCAAACUGUGCGGUCACGUGUGCAAUUUAUGAAGAUAUCAUCGUUAGGACUUAUAUUCUGCUUGUCUGUGGUGGGAGGGAACAUCUCUCUCCGUUACCUCCCUGUGUCAUUUAACCAAGCGGUUGGCGCCACCACGCCGUUUUUCACGGCAGUGUUUGCUUACCUGAUGACCCUCAGGAGAGAGAGUUGGCUCACAUACAUAACUCUCAUCCCUGUUGUUACUGGUGUUAUGAUUGCUAGUGGGGGAGAACCGAGUUUUCAUCUAUUUGGAUUUUUAAUGUGCAUCGGUGCGACAGCAGCCAGGGCACUCAAAACAGUACUUCAAGGGGUCUUGCUUUCUUCUGAAGGGGAAAAGCUUAAUUCUAUGAACCUUCUUAUGUACAUGGCACCAGUGGCUGUUGCGUUCCUUCUUCCAGCUUCAAUUAUAAUGGAGCAAGAUGUAGUUGGAAUUGCAAUUCAACUUGCCAGAGAUGAUUCAAGUAUUACGUGGUUGCUUAUCUUCAAUUCUGCAUUGGCAUAUUUUGUCAAUUUGACCAAUUUUUUAGUCACAAAGCACACCAGUGCAUUAACACUUCAGGUCCUGGGAAAUGCAAAAGGAGCUGUAGCAGUUGUUAUCUCCAUUUUGAUAUUUCGAAAUCCUGUAUCAGUGACUGGAAUGCUUGGAUAUUCUCUCACAGUUAUUGGAGUUAUCCUAUAUAGUGAAGCCAAGAAACGGAGUAAAUGA